CAUCUUUUGCUGAUUGGGAACGCGACCAAAAGGAACAAUUCUUUAUUCUCCUCACAUCCCUAGACGCGGAAGAAAAAGCAUUUAAUUGGAGUAGGACGCUUAUCAACCUCGCUGUUCGUUCCUAGUACUGAGCUAUUCCGGCUGCCCACAGAGGCCGAGAAAUGGUGAGAGUAAUUCCCAUAGCGUCUUCGAUUCGACCUUCUCUCUCGUCCUUCAGGUUAAUCGGUGGUUCUCGUUUCUUCCCUUCCCUCUCUUCCUGUGGCCCCUUUCGGCCCAUCUCCUUCUCUCAUCUUGGCAGCGCUAUUCCUCAGUCCCAUAGCUUUGGCCUGAAAGCACCCAGGCUUUUGAGACGAGAUGGGAGCCGCACGGGAUUGAUAGCAACUGGGAUUGUGUGCCAGGCAAGCACAGCUGCUUCACCAGAAAAUGUACUUGAGUGGGUCAAACAAGACAAGAGGAGAAUGCUUCAUGUCGUUUAUCGUGUUGGUGACUUGGACAGGACCAUAAAAUUUUAUACAGAAUGCCUAGGAAUGAAGCUGCUGAGAAAGCGUGACAUACCAGAGGAGAAAUAUACUAAUGCUUUUCUUGGAUAUGGUCCUGAAGAUUCACACUUUGUUAUUGAACUGACAUACAAUUAUGGAGUUGACAAGUAUGAUAUUGGAACUGGAUUUGGCCAUUUUGGUAUUGCUGUUGAGGAUGUUGCAAAAACGGUGGAACUUGUACGGGCCAAGGGUGGCAAAAUAACAAGAGAGCCUGGUCCUGUCAAGGGAGGCAAAACAGUAAUUGCAUUUAUUGAAGAUCCUGAUGGUUAUAAAUUUGAGCUUCUGGAAAGAGGACCCACACCUGAGCCUUUAUGCCAAGUAAUGCUUCGAGUAGGUGACCUUCAACGUUCCAUUGAAUUUUAUGAGAAGGCUCUUGGUAUGGAGCUUCUUCGAACUCGAGAUAACCCGGAGUACAAGUAUACCAUCGCUAUGCUUGGUUAUGGUCCUGAAGAUAAAAGUGCUGUUAUGGAGUUGACUUACAACUACGGAGUCACUGAAUAUGACAAAGGAAAUGGUUAUGCUCAGAUUGCAAUAGGCACCGAUGAUGUUUACAAAACUGCAGAAGCUGUUAAACUUGCUGGGGGAAAGAUUACCCGAGAGCCUGGACCAUUGCCUGGGAUCAAUACAAAAAUUACAGCAUGCUUGGAUCCUGAUGGCUGGAAGACGGUGUUUGUAGAUAAUGUCGAUUUUCUGAAGGAAUUGGAGUAGUGCGUUUAAAAGCGCCGUCGUAGCAAUCCCAGAAGCUGAAAUCAAAUCACUUGUGAAGAAAUGGGCUUCUUUAUUGAAGCCGUCGAUGAUCCAGAGAGUUAAUCAUAUUCGAUUCCCAUUUUGUAGAUAGAUGAAGCAAGUUUGAUCUCUUUAACGCAUUCAUAAUUUUAUGUUUUCCGUUUGGUAUGUAAUGAUGCUUGAGUGUAAGCUUUGUAAUUUAUAUUUGACAAAAUUAUAUUGGAGAUACUUAUAAUUUCUCUCAAUUUUUUAUUUAGUAUUUAUAUUUUUUUAAUUAAAUCAUUUAAUU